CUGGUAACCAUAGCAACACAAGUAAAAGUCGUUCAGCGCCAAAGCAAGAAACCAAAACUCUACUGCGAAUAAACCCGAAUUUUACCAUGAUUCCUCCAAAUGCUUCACUCGUUAAGUACGAUAACCCUGUCCUGGUGAGCAGAAAUACCGACAAGAAGUCACCGAGGGCAAGAUCUUUGAAAGUCAGUCAACAGCCUGGGUCUGGUAAUGGAGCAGGGCCGGUCCCUCAACCCCCACGAACCAGCAAACUGCCGCCCAUGGAUUCUCAGAAAAACCAGCAGACAGAUGAGAUAUUGAAUGCAAUUCUUCCUCCAAGGGAGUGGACUGAGAAUGGUCAACUGUGGGUGCAACAAGUAUCUAGUACCCCAGCCACUCGUCUGGAUGUGGUCAACUUACAGGAGCAACUUGACAUGCGUCUGCAGCAGAGGCAAGCCAGAGAGACAGGAAUCUGCCCAGUGAGAAGAGAGCUGUAUUCGCAGUGCUUUGAUGAGCUUAUUCGUCAGGUUACUAUCAACUGUGCAGAGCGAGGUCUCCUGCUUCUUAGGGUUCGAGAUGAGAUCCGCAUGACAAUUGCUGCCUACCAGACUCUGUAUGAAAGCAGUGUGGCUUUUGGAAUGAGGAAGGCACUACAGGCUGAGCAAGGCAAAUCUGAUAUGGAGAGAAAGAUCACUGAGCUUGAGAAUGAUAAGCGUGAGCUUGAACGCCAAGUAAACGAACUCAAGGCCAAGUGUGACGCCAUUGAGAAACGUGAGGCAGAAAGGAGAGCUGUAGAAGAGAAGAAACAUGCAGAAGAGAUUCAGUUCCUCAAACGAACAAACCAGCAACUGAAGACACAACUAGAAGGCAUUAUUGCCCCAACAAAGAAGUAAAGAUCAGAUCAAGGCUAGAUCUUUGGGUUAAAACCUUCCUUUGGUGAUCAUUUAGUUAACUGUAUAUAUUUUAGUUUGCACAAUACAACAAUUUACACAAUCACAAUAAAGCAAUGUUCAACAUAA